AUGGUAUUUUCGUAUGAUUAUUCUGAAUUACCCCAAAUAGUUCUUGUCGAAAUUUUUUCUUAUUUAAAACACAACGAUCUUCUAACAGCUUCAUCAACAUGCUCAUCAUGGCGCAAUGUAUUAUAUCAUCCAAAAUUAUGGUCAUCUAUUCCAUAUCGAUGUCUUCGUUUAAAUCUCAUUGAUCGUCAUAAUGAUAUUCAAUCUUUUCGUUAUUUAACAAAUAAUUUUCUCAGUAUAACACGCUACAUAGAAAUACGUUUUGAUCCAACCGACAUUAACAUAAUAAAAAAUAUUUUACAGAUACUUGAUACACUUUCAUGUACAAAUAGGCAAAUUAAAAUUUUAAUAUUUCGUCCAACCAGUACACGUUGUGCAUUAGCAGAAAAUGAACAACCAUUUAUACCACUUUGUGAUAAGAUUUAUCAUCUACUCGAACAAAUUGUUGAAUCAAAUCAAGCUAUGGAAAUAAUUUCAUUUGGUUGUUGGUUCGAAAGUUUAUUUCGCAUCGAAGAAAUAGUUCACGUUUUAGCACAAAAGCAAUCUCAAUCUAUUCAGCAACUUCAUUUAGCGUCAAUUAAAAGUAGUGAAACACAUUCUAUAGCUGAUAUAUAUUUAUCAAGUCAGUCCUUUCUUCCAUUCUCUUCAUUAAAUACAUUAAGCAUUGAUGCCACAUACUUCACAAAUGAAUUAUUACACUGUUUAGUACAACAAUCAGCAUCGUUAAAACGAUUAAUUGUGCAUGUCUGCGAAUUUCGGUCGGAUACACAACCUAUCGAUGAAACUGUUUGGCAUUCGAUAGCUAGUAUUAUGCCAAAUUUAAGAGUCGCUGUACAUAUGUUAAAUGCACAUGAAACAUUUCGAAAAUAUUCCCGUGUACUUCGUCCGGGGAUGCCAUUGUCUCAUUUGAGAAUGUAUUUUUGUUCAUCACUUAAUGUUGAUUUAUUAUGUUAUUUAUCUGUUCAUUAUCGUUCAACAUUAGAAUGUCUCGAUGUUAUUGAUAGUGUCACAGAGCCAGCACUUCGUUAUCAUAAUUUAUUUCGUGCUGAACCAGAUCCACUUGUUUUAUUAGCUUGGCAAUGUAAAAAACUUACUUCACUUACAAUUUUGGGUUACGAAGUAUUAGAAGUUAAUUUACUUGCUAUUGCUAAACUACGCCCACAGCUACGUCGAUUAAAUGUCUGUGCUGACUGUGUCAUGACAUUACAGUAUGGACAUUUACAAAUGAAUCGUCAAUUCGUUGAGGACGAAGAUGGAAAUGAUGCUUUCAUACAAUAUGGAAUUUGUACAAAUAGUAUUCAAACAAUUAUAGGACAAGUCCUUGGCUGGCAAUGGCAUCCGUUAAGCAAACAUGAAAUCCCAAUAGGCGUAUAUGAAUAUACUGUUCCACUCGAACUGUCGUUCAUCGAACAGAUCCACAAUAUUUUUGAAUCAUCAAUGUAA